AUGCCUAUCGUUCUAAGAAGUAUCGAACCCGUCUAUCUUAGUAAGGCACCUCUCAAUAGCUCUGUGAGCUUCGAUUUGGGAGCGGUAACAAAUAAUACACUUUCGGGAACGAUUCUGCAGCUUUCAUCUUUGCUUGACCAGGCCGAUGGUUUGUUCUCUGAGCUUGGUAAAGAAUGCAGACAAGUGUACGACAGAGCCGAAAAUCUAAAGACAAGAAUACACGAUGUUGGACAGAAGGUUUCAGCACUGGACUUUCGCACAGUCAAAAUCCCUGAAAAUUCAUUGGAUGACGAAAACAAACUGAGAGAGUUCUACGCAGCCAAACAUGGCUACGACACAAAUUUAUUUACGUCAGAGACCCGGUCCCUGGCUAUUCAGGAAAUGUAUGACGACUCUGGAGUUAGUCCUGUUAAAAUCAUAAGCAGUUGUAACCAAUUCAGACAUGAUGGCUAUACUGGGUCACGGAUAUUCUCCAGAACACCCGUCGUUGCCGAAGAACCCUUCAGAUGUCCAGAGAUUGAUUUUAUACCAAAAAGGCCAUUUCUAUACUGCUCUUAUGACCGUGAGCCGUCGAAGGUACUAACAAUAGAACGGAGACCUCAUUCUGCGGAUUUCUUAGAUGAAAUCGAUAAAUGUGCAAAUACAGACAAUAUUCCAUUGCCAACCCCUGAGGAACAAAUUCGAGAGAUGUCGAAAUCACAGCCGAGUAAUCUCGUCCCUAUAGAUGUCACUGGGUCAGGAUUCACUAGGAUGUGUUCAUAUAGGACGUCAUUAAAAAGUGUGGAAUAUCUGGAUGAGGACACAGAAAGGCGGCGAAGGAAACGUAAUCGCCGUCGAACAAUCUCCGAGAUACCAAAUGCGGUUUCUUGUGAUCUGACCCGUGUGGAGAAUACUGCUCCAAGAUCAACAAGCGCUCAUUCACUGCGGAGCUCAUCUGAUCGAAGACACCGUAGUAGGACGUUAGAAAUUGAAUCAUUGGAUUACGGCAGCUCAGAAACACUAAACACAUCGUCCAAAUCUGAGGACAAAAAGAAGAAAAAAUGGUCAUGGUUCGGUAGUAAAAAAGACAUUAAGAUGUUCGGUAGUAAGAAAGACAUCAAGAUAAAAGACUCAAAGUCGAAAAACCAAAGUGUGAAGCGAUCAGAAUCCUUACCCCGAUCCUUAACAUCAUCAACUUCUACACGAGAGCCAAUCAUCAUUCGGGAAAAACCACGAGAAAGUCAUAAAUUCUCAUUGAGUAAUUUAGUUUCCUCUGUUCGGCAAUCAAUGAGACGUUCAAAAUCCAUGUCUGUCGUUAAACCGAAAAGUAAAAAUUAUGACAUUGAGAAACAGCGUAAGAUUAACGAGCAUAAUAAUUUGAUGGCUCGACAGGAAGUCUCUAAAUACAGUCAGGUUAAAUUGCCCAAUAGCCACGAGGAGCCAAGGUACGCAACAGUGGGUAAUACAACAGUGAAACUACGAGAGAGUACAGGAAAACUGAGCAAAGAUGAACGACAGUCAUCGUCAGGAAAUUGGAGUCUCAGUACGAGUGCCAGGCAUUCAAUGGAGUCAGAUUGGACACAGUCCACACACAGUAACAGCACAACUACAUCGCCAAAACAUACACAGUCCCAGUCGUCAUUUGAUAAAGACUCUGCGGUGUCUUUGAGCACAUACCCGUCACCUCCUCCCACAGAAGACAGGUUUCCCUCAAGUGAAACUACCAGCUGUAUUGCAGAGACACCUAUAGAAGAUGACAGUACUUUAGUUGGAGAUGACGAAGAUGCCAGUACGAUCCAAGAUGGUGGGAAUAGUUUACAACGUGGUCCAACAGUUCGUAAAAGUUUCACAAAAAUGAGCACCGAGGCUUGGUUAAAGAGCUUAGAACGAGAUGGUCGCUCAAGAUCGAAAUCUCGUUCAAAAUCGCUGGAGAAACUCCCUGGAUUAAAAGCUGUGUUAAGUCAGGAGAAUCUAUUGGCGUAUGAUGAACAACAGAAUAUUGGGACGCAGAAAUAUUUUUAUCGGACUAAAUCGAGAAAUGACGAUGAAGUGUCUUCCGUGCACUCCUGCGACAUGGAAGGAUUUUAUACAUCAAUGCACACAGAUAGUGGCUUGAGCAAACGUUUGGCAGUGAAAUCAGCCAUCAUACCAAAAAAUUCAAAAGGGGUAUUGAAAAACCAAGUUAAGGAUUUUAAUCUAUCAAUGGAAAGUAGUACCCCAAGUACAUCCUCGUCGGUUAACAGUGUAGUGCUUCGUUCCAAGAAAGUAGAGCCACCAAAAAUUGAAAGCGUGGCAAUAAGGACAAAACCUCAGAACUUAGCAGUUCAAAAAGUGAAGAAAAUUGAAAAGAAAGGGGCCAAGUCUCAUAAAAUACCUCCCCCUCCUCCUCCCAGGCUGUCCACGCUGAGCAACUCGGAACUCAGUCUCACCUCUGAAAUGACGAUUCUCUUUGAUAAAAUCAUGCACGAUAAAACCAAAUCGAGUUCAAGUUUGAACAGCUCGAGUAAAUCAGAGCGUAGUUUUAGCGGGGUAUUUAGAAACAGUACAAUGAAUAAAUCAAUAGAAUUCAGCACGCUGUCCAAUGUUUCAACGUUGGAAUCGGACUCUGACGUGGAGUUGAACUCUAGGCUACAUUCCAAAACUACAAUGGAUUCGACAAUGUAUUCGUUAUGUUCCGUGAGUCCAAUUAUGAGCGAAGAUGAGGAAUAUCUUAAAUCCGAUUAUACGCCACACACGAAGGCAUUCAGUGCAUUCACUAAUUCUAGUGACAGUAUAACAAUGACGAAUGCCAUGACCCGUGACCCCAGUGAAAGGACUUUAGAAUUAUCGCGCAUUAGCAGCACCACCUAUACCUCCCCAAAUGGAUCGCUCUCAAGUACGAAUCGAUAUGGAAGCCUUAAGAAAUCACAUACAUUUAAUUAUGAUGACACCCAAAAUGAUCAGACAUUGGGUCUAUCAGAUAUACAAGGAUUAACGCUGAAUUCGACAGACUCCUUUGGAACACUUACGGGUUCGAAUGGUUCAUUUAUGCCAUCUGAACCAGGGUCAACAGAAACGGUAAACAGUAAGAAUAACCUACCUAUUGGUCCUGUUGAAAAACUAACCAGAUCCCAUACAUUCAAUGGACCUCCUUUAAGUAGCUCAACAUCAUCAUUACCAACCGCGAGCCAAACAAUGACCAAGUCAAUCUCCUUUGAUACAGGGUCAUUGAAAAAGAAAAAGGAAAAUGAGCAACGGCCACAUAGAAGACCCCUUCAAAAGACAAUAAAUGCUGAUAGCCCCUAUGCAUUCCUUUUGAAAUCUGGUUUGGAUUACUUCACAUCUACACCUACAAAAGCAGCCGGUGUCCCGAAAUCCAAAUCAUUUGAUAAUGCGAAUUAUUCAGAAUGUGGCCCUAUGAAGAGACAAUUGUCAGAUGAGACUUUACAGAGAAAACGUGCCAUGCUAGCCAGACAUUCAUCUUUUGAGCCACAGUACACAAAAUAUGACCCCUAUUUACAUUACUCACAAUAUAAUCCAAAUGUCCCCAUGGGUUUCAAUGGAUCAUCCCUCCCCAGGAACUUCUCCCCGAAUGAUAGCCCAGCGAAAAGGCCAUUCCUCGGAUCAAAUAUGGAAACUGUUGCACAGAUACACCACAUAUCCAAACCAACGCCCAAUUUCAACAGGGGAAUGUCGAUGCCUGGUGGACAAAUCGAACCAACUGAUUUCGAGUUUAAUUCCAACUCAUGGCCAAGAUCACCCCCGCAAGCUAAAGCAACCUAUCCAAGUAUCUUGAAGAACCCUUCUAAGCAGCACAAAUCUAGACCCCCAAGGACACUGAAUUUUGCCCCUAUUGUGAACAUGUUCGACUCUGAGGACCCAAAGCAGCCAAAAUUGCUCCCAACUCCAGUUACGCCUGAUAAAAACAUGCCAGAAAGGACCGCAAUACCAUUUAAGAAUACUUUCAAGUCUCCGACAACUCCUGAUGUGUUCCCAUUUGGUAUGACAACAAUACCAGAAAAUAAACCCUUUAUAUUUACUGGCCUCAAAGACAAUAACUCUAAUCAAGCAGAAUCGCACGUCACUCAACCAAUAAUUCAUAAAAGCCCUGUAGGACAGGCCUCCAAACCCAAUAUCAUGAAUUUAUUGAGUAACGGAGAUUCAAGCCCGAUUCCGCCAGUUCUUCCUGAUAAGUACCGACACUCACUUACUGUGAAGCCAAGAACAAGGGAGUUGUCCUCAGAGGCUAGUGAUACCCCACUGGAGAGCCCGAUGGAACCUAUUCCUGAUAUACCAAAGCUAGAGAUGCCUAACAGUCUUGCCAGUCACGCUAAAUUUGAGCAUAUUUAUGCCAAACCCCGUAAUUUGGCCCAACAGAUGGCGCCAUAUGCCAGCAGCGGUUCGUUUUCAGGAGUGACAACUAACCUUAAUGCACCACCUAUUGGUGACAAUAGUAAUAGUUCAAAUUCCAAUUCUGGAGGAGUUUUGGUCCUUAAAAAUGGAUUCCUAACGAUGGCUAAUCCAAGCUCACCAGCAGGAUCGACAGCCUCACUCUCAAGUUCAAGUUCCAAAAGCUCAAACUACUCAAAUCAGAGUGUGCCUUCAGCAAAAGGAGAAGAUGGUUCAAAUUCUAAUUUGUCCUAUGCAUACCCUAAGCUAGGGGCCAACAACCAAGUGAAGCCACCUGUCGAGAAGAAAGACCCUUUCGCAAUUAUCCAAGCAUCUAAAGAACGACUUAAACAGAAAAAGCAACAAAACAGUGCCAUUCCACGUCCAGUGUCUAGUACCCCUAAAUUGUCUCCUGAACCAGAAGUGGUAGCCCCCAAAGCAGAGGGGAACAUAUUUACUCUAGGGGGAACCCAUGAUUCAAAAACUGUAUCCCCCAAAGUGAACUUUACUAAUGAAAAUCGCUUCUCUCAAGAAAGAACCCCUGAACUUGAAUUUGUGGUCCCCAAAGCUAAAACUACGCAACCGCUAAGAAUAUCUCCUAAAAGGAGUAUGCUCCCUUUAAGGACAAAGGACCAAUCACCUUCAACAACUCCUGAGUCUGUAAUACAAAAGGAAGAACACUCAACGAUCAAACAGGGACCUGAAUUGACAUGUCCAAUUAAAGCCGAUGUCCAAGUAUCGCCAAAAGAGGACAAAGUACUUAUUGUAGAUAUGAAACCAAAGGUGAUCAAACUUCACGAAUCGAAAUCCAAUAUUCCCGUUAAACAACAAUCAACAAUAUCUGAUAAACCUGCAGCCAUUUCCCCUUCCAAUCAGAAAGACAUUAGGAAGGUGUCUCCUGUGUUGAAAAUCGAACACAAAACGAGUACAUAUGUGGUGACGGCUCCCAAACCAGGCCCUUAUAUGGCUAAGUCUAACGAGAAAAACAUUGCACCAAAAGUAGAUGUCAAUCAAAUUGAACAUAAGGCGGUGCCAAACUCGACCACAAAUAAUUCUGUAACAGUUAAAGCUGAGAGUAUUUCGAAUGAUGUGAAACAAGAGAACAAAAGCAAAGUAAUAAGUGAAACUUCAAUUUGUGAAACUGAUAAAACUAAUGUAACAACGGGUGAUCCAAAGUCUACAGAGGAAACAAGUAACACUGGUACAACCAAGACACAGGACAAUUCUGAGAGUGAAAAGGAGACAAAUAACACUGAUUCAAAUAGAACUGAUUCAAAAGUGGAUGAAAAAAGUGAUAAGGUGCCAAAUUCUAGCCCAGAGACUGUAAAAUCACUGACUCGUGCUUUUAAAAACAAUUUGAAAAUUGACGUUCACGCUGAGAGUAGUGAUUCCGGGAAUUCCUCACCAACAAAAUCUGGAAGUUCCUCUCCAAAUUUCUCGACGAAAUCUGGAUCUAGUUCUGGCUCUAUGUCGCCUACAAAAACUGUUAUUUCUAAUGAUGUUUUAAGUGCCUUGGCUGUUUUGAAAGCAAAGCCCACUUCUCCAAGCUCAACGGCUAAAAGUCGAUAUAACAAUAGCUUUAGGAAUCGAAAUUAUAAUAGAAAUACAACAAACCCUGAUUCUAAAUCUCCGAAUAUCACUAGAUCUAAAUCCAAUAGGGAUGAAUCAAGGAACAACUUAUUAGCCUCGAUUAGAAAUCAUAGUUUGAAAAACAGUGACAGUGAUAGAUCCGAGGCUGUGAAAGCCUUGGAUGAAAAAAACGCAAGCAGACAGGUUUCAGUGAAUUCUAAAAGUGCUGGAAAAUCGAUAGAAAAUAACAUUGCAGUGACAAAUAUUUUGGAUAGUAUCAUGACUUCGAUGAAAAGCAUAUCAAAACCUGUAGAACGCCCAGCUUCAGUCAGCUCAAAUCAUUCAUCUGACUGGGAUUAAAAAGCCACCUUACACCCCUUGAAUUACAAAAUAGACUAAUCCAUGUUCCAAUUUGGGAAUGUUUAUUUUGAUAUCGAGGGAUGAAAGGAUAAAAUGUACAGUGUAUGUAAAUAUGUAUAAAAUGAUCGGCUUUGGUCAAACACACACAUCACAGUUUGCAAUUUUAUUUCAAUAUUUGUGUCAUAAAAAUCACGAUUUUGUGUGAAUUUCACUCAGGUUUAUUAGCUAAUAAUCAUGUAAAUGUACAAGGGCAUGCUAAAAGGCAAAAAUAUUAUAUAUAAGUUAUUUAUUCAAAUGUUUUUAAGGAAUUAUAUUUUGUAAAUUUUAACAGACUGAGUAUCAUAUUUUUAGUAUUGAAAUAUUCAGAAAUCAUGACUAUGUGAUUUAUGGCGAAUUUUAAAGUGCCUUUGUACGACUGAAAUAAUGCUAAAAUUCCAAAGAAAUACUGAAUUUGGUGUGGAAAUGGAGUAAAAUGAAAAAAGGUGUACAUGAUCAUUUAAGAUUAUAUAAUACUUUGUAAAGGAAAUAAUGCACUAUUAGAACUUAGAUUUGUAGCAUGACCCUAUUUCGAAAACUGAACAUUCUUGAAUGGGAUUACUUUAGUAUGAGUUUUCCACUAAUGGUAAAUGGUAGAUGGUUUUUAGUUUUCAGAUCUGAGACCCAUCUUGGGUUUUGUGUAUUUGUAUCAUUUUUGUCAAUUACAUGCUAGUUUAAAAUGGAUGACAUUAAUUAUACAGGGUGUCUAUAAAGUUGAUUCAAAAUUAAAAUAAAACAUCUGUGUAAAGUGUUAAGAGACUCUAUGACACCCUGUAUAAUUUGACAAUUGUGUCAUCCAUUUAGUGUUUAUGUGUUUUACCUUGCUUCCUCCUGUUGAGAAUUUUAUCCAAAAUGUAUGUUCUGACGCUAGCUGAGCUUUUGGGUUAUAUACUCCACAUUCAACCUUUAAGGCAUUCAAUAAAAUAUGCAUGUUAUAGUUUGCAUGAGCGGUCAUCCUUUUUCGCAUGGAUUUUUGUUCUAUACUUUCACAAAAUGGGUAUUUUUAAUUUUCGGCCCACUUUUGUUCAAAGAUAAGUCAAAAAUCCUAUCCUCACGCAAUGUUUUAUUUUCUAUGCCAUUGUGUGCCCCUGUAUAUGUCUGGGGUGUAUUGAUGGAAAUUCUUGAAAUUAAACAUGAAAAUUAAGCAUAGUGAAACCUAUACAUCUGAACACCUUUCUAAUACAAACACCUUUCAACUUUUAUCAGUGCCGAAUUUGUCACCUCCCAUUGCCACGCGGUCCUAACUUCGACCGUUAAUUUGAAUUUUUGACCUACCAGGUGCUUGAAAAUCAAGGAUUGCGAGUCUCAUAC